AUGGCUUCGAUUGUUCCCAAAACUAUCGUCGAGAAAUAUCCUAUUCAUUAUGAUCAAGUUUUAAUAUCACCAACAUCUGUUCGAGUAUCUUGGGCAGACAAUAUAGCAAGCACGUACCAUAAUAUUUGGCUACGUGAUCACUGCCAAUGUGAGCAAUGCUUACAUCCAUUGACGAAACAACGAUUAUUGAAUACAUUCGAAAUUCCAAGUGACAUCAAAUCGACGGCUAUCGAACAGUCUAAAGACGGACUAACGAUUCACUGGAAUCACCAAACUCAUACUAGUUUCUACCCAUGGUCGUGGUUGCAACGACAUUCAUAUAAUCCUCGUUUUCAGAAGACAUUUCUACCUAAAAAACAACUAUGGAAUCAUGAGAUUCAACAAAAUCCACCUGUCGUCGAGUAUGACACUGUGAUGAAGUCUGAUGAUGGAGUCGCUGAAUGGACGUCAAAGAUUGAAAAAUAUGGAUUCUGUUUUAUUGAUGGGAUCCCUGUCAAUCCAGAAUCAACUCAAAAACUUCUCUGUCGAAUUGCAUUUAUUCGAACAACUCACUAUGGUGGUUUUUGGGACUUUACUUCGAACUUAGCAAAAGCAGAUCUUGCAUACACCGGUCUAAAAAUUGGUGCUCACACCGACACAACUUACUUUACUGAUCCAGCAGGAUUGCAGCUUUUCCAUUUACUUGAAUUUGAUGGUGAAGGUGGGAAAUCAUUGUUAGUCGAUGGUUUUCGUGCCGCUCAGAUUUUAUGCGAAGAAGAUCCAAAUGCCUAUCGAAUCUUGUCGCAUAUUCCAAUUCCUUCACAUAGUAGUGGUAACAAAGAAACAUUCAUUCAACCAUCUAUGCCGCGUUCAAUAUUUACGCAUGAUAACAGUACUGGACAAUUACAACAAAUUCGAUGGAAUAAUGAAGACCGAAGCAUUAUGGAUCAGUGGAGUGAUCCUAAUGAUGUGACACUUUUUUACGAUGCUAUUCGAAAAUGGAACGAGAUCUUGACAAGAAAGGAUGGUGAAAUGUGGGAACAGUUGCGGCCGGGACGAGCAGUAAUUUUUGAUAAUUGGAGAGUUUUACAUGGACGAUCAGCAUUUACCGGACAUCGGCGAAUGUGUGGUGGUUAUAUUAAUCGAGAUGAUUAUGUAUCAAGAUUACGAUUGACAAAUGUUGGACGAGAACGACUCUUAGAAACACUAUUUUGA